UUGCAGCAAAAGUCCAAAUUACAUUUAAGUAUUUAAAUUCUUAGUUACUUUGUCGUUUUUAGGUGUCAAAUAUUUGCUUGUAUCUCAAACAUUUACUUGUGCGGAGGACGUUGCCAAAACAAGCUAGCUGUUGCUAAGAAAAGGAUUGAAUCUACAACAAGUGUUGAGAUCAAGUCUUCACCAUGGGUGAAAGAAAAGGAACAAACAAGUACUACCCUCCAGAUUUUGAUCCAGCCAAGCAUGGAUCCCUCAAUGGCUACCAUAAAACUCAUGCUCUACGAGAGAGGGCUAGGAAACUGUCCCAGGGUAUCCUCAUUAUCAGAUUUGAAAUGCCUUACAACAUCUGGUGUGAUGGCUGCAAGAAUCACAUUGGCAUGGGUGUGCGUUACAAUGCUGAGAAGAAGAAAGUGGGGAACUACUACACCACACCAAUCUACAGGUUUAGGAUGAAAUGCCACCUCUGUAUCAACUACAUUGAGAUGCAGACAGACCCAGCGACCUGCGACUAUGUUAUCGUAAGUGGAGCAUGCCGGAAGGAAGAGCGCUGGGACAUGGCUGAAAAUGAGCAAAUCCUCACCACAGAACGGGCAGAAAAGGAGAAGCUGGAGACAGAUGCCAUGUACAAACUGGAUCACGGCGGGAAAGACAAGGAGAAGCUUACAAAGGCUCUACCCUCACUGAUGGAGAUCCAGGAACACCAGUCAGGCUGGAAAGAUGACUUUCAGCUCAACAGCGUCCUCCGCAGGAAGUUCAGAACAGAGAAGAAGGUUCUGGCUGAGCAGGAGGAGAAAGACAACGCUGUGAAGUUGAGAACCAACUUAUCUAUACCUCUGCUGCCAGAGAAGGAAGUGGACAAGAAACUGGCAGCAUUACUCACCUACCAGGCACCUGACUCUUAUGAGGACAAACAGCACAGCAAGCGGAAAGAGAUUGCUUCCCGUUCCUGGUUUAACUCCACCUCAGCCCCAACAGGAGGUGCAGCAGGCAGUCUGCUCCACAAGCUCAGUCUGCAGGGUAAAGAAGCAGCAGUGGCCAAAGCCAUGGGUUCCUCACACAGUCCAUUAAUCCGAAAACGCACAGGGGGACCUGGAAUCAAAAGUGAACGCUGUGCCACCAUCACUCACAGAAAGUCACACCCUGAAGUCGCCUCAUGUGACGAAGAGGUACAAAAAGUGACGCAGCCAGAGGAAGCCCCAAAUAUGGUAUUCACACGAGGAGGUGAGAAAGAAGCCCAGACAAAUGGCUGUGAGAUGAAGGAGGUGCAUGUCAAAAUCAAGGAAGAAAUGGACAAAACACCAACAAAUUUAGUGGAUUGUGGGAAAGAAAAAGAUGAAGGGAAACUUUCUGGAGGGAUCACAUCCUUGGUGGCAGAUUACAGUGACUCAGAUUCAGAUGCUGGCCAUUGAGACUGAAAGCUGUUUUCAGGGAAGGAUCAUCGGCAAAGAUGAAAAUCGGACUUAAAAUGCUUGUGACAGCCGCAGAAAUUGGCUGUAAAUUGUUACUUUUCAUUUGUCUUAAAAAUGCUGUAGUAUAAUAACCUGGAAUUUGAAAUGUAAACUUUGCUGUUCUUGUUCUGGCUGAAACUUUAAAAUUCACUGUAAAAAUAUUAUAAGAUACUAAACAAAACUUUGUGUUUUGUGAGUUGUGGUGAUCCUAACAAACCAUGUUGGAUGUUUUAAAAGGCUAAAAUGAAAAUCACCUACAUACCAGUCAAGUUAAUGAUCCAACAGUCCUAAACAAACAAGUGGUUGGUUACGUGUGGAGGUGGCAUAAGUAGUUUUUUCUACAUAACCUCCUUUAAUAUUAUAAAAGAAAUACAUUGCAACAAUCCUAUCUAACCUCAAAUCGAUAAAAUGUAUUUAUAAGCUGCAGUGGUCUGAGGUUUGGUGCAGUACUUUUAUUAAGAUGAUUGUAAUUGAUCCUACAGUUAGAGCACUUCCCUCCAAUAAAUGGUAAAUGGACUGUA